AGUCUUACAUAUAUUGACAUUUCAUGUUGAUUCGCUGCGAAGUCUUCCAUCAUGAUUGAAAAAAGAUACGACCUCGAUAAACUGUUCACAAAAAAGACAAUAAAACCACUUCAACAUGUCGAGGAUGGGACGACAGCAAUCGUACGCAUGCGGACCAAAUUCCUGCCCGCACCAAAAGCCAGGACGGUUCUCACUCUGGCCUGGGAGAAGAGCAACUACCACAAUUACCACAAGGGAAGAACCUGCUAUAGCUAAUAGCUCUGGCUUGAUGAUUGAUGUCUGCUUCCAAAAUAUUCCUAUUGAUACCAAGUUCAUUUUGUUAACAUCGUUGUAGCCCCCUCAUAGCGAUCUGAUCGUCAGCUCUCCCGUUUCUCCCCCGGAAAUCGAACCGACCAAAUGUAAUUUGUCGCAAGAUCUCUUCAUUGGCGCCUUGCACGAUCCUAAUUACAUACAAUUGCAGGAAAAUGUGAGAAGGCUGCGCAGAGCGCUGGUGGGACCGGAACCUAAAAAUGUAGAUGCGACCUGGGAAAUUUACAAAAGGCAAAGAGAGCAAUCCCUAAAACAUUGUCGAAAAUUGAUUGAGAAAUCGCGUAAGUUCUUUGUUUAUUAUUAAAUCUAUUUACGAUAAUGUCAUAUUUUUCAUGAAACUGAAACGUAUGACAACUCUAGAGGAGCAUUAUGCGCGGAAUCCAUCAUUUGAAUCCAACAUAGGUCCGUUGGACACGCGAUCAUCUGUUAGCAGCGGAUCAGGCAAUGACGCGUCUUUACCAUUUCAGAUUAAUAACCAGUGGCUAUCAGCCAUUCGGGAUUAUAAAGCCUUCCAGGAAACACUUCUCAACACCCUUCAUACUUCUCUUGUGGUAACAUACACUGCUUAUGAACCGGAUGCAUCUCAACGUCAGCUUGAGAUUUUCUUAGCAGAUAAAGAGCAUCGCAAAAGUGUUAUCACAAAAUGGCGAGACACCAGUGUUCGUCGGGUGAGGUCGGAAAAGCCAGAAUUCUUCGAAAAGUACAAGAUACGAUCUUUGAACUUCGAUAAACUGAAGCAUGAUAUCGAAGAAUCGGAAAGCUUAUUCGAGACAGGUCAUGCACAAAAUAGAGUCGUCCGUGAGUCUGUCAUUUAUAAGAAUGGGGACACAAUCUUAGAGUUUGCAAAUCGCCCUUCCGAUAGACUUCCGAUCAUCAGAUUUCGAGUGUCAUCCCAUUUUUUGAGCCCAGACGAUGUGUCGCCCUUAUUCUUUCAUAUGCUCUCUCCUGGUCCUAACAUCCCGGUGAAUAUGAUGAAUGAUCUGCCCAAAGCGCCGUCCAGGAUUGUUGAAAAGGACGGAAAGGACGGGAAUAGAGUAAAUGUCUAUCGCAUGCCACAGAUGGAGCCCAACAACCACGAGGCUCUAGCUCUCCUGCUUCAUGCUAUCCAUGGACACACCCAAAAGCUUCCAAAGGACGAUAUUAAUUUCCCGUUGUUUGUUAGUAUCGCAGAUGUAUGCCUGAGAUACAGGUGCACAUCCCCGGUGGAGUUACAAGUGGAGUAUCGAUGGCUACCUCAAUGGGAAUCCCGAGCGGCCGAGAGCAAUCCUGAAGAACUCCUCCUUAUUGCGUACACAUUUGGCGCAAGAGAUCUAUUUACACGUAUUUCUCGAAGCAUUAUCCUUAACUCGAAAGACGAUGGUGAUACUCAAGGUACAGAACUUUGGCCCCAGGUUAUCAAGGAUUCGAUUAGAGCGCGUAGGGCUAUAUACAUGGAACAAGUCAUCGAUUAUUGUGCAAGCGUCAUAAAUGAGUACCUUCAAAGGCCACAGCAAAACGCGGAGAGAUCAAUUCAUGUAGGAUCACUUGAACUGUCCACGGUUCGAUGCCCAAGAGGAUCCCGUACCUGCGAUGCCACUAACCUAGGCUGGCUUAUGCUGGUUUAUAACGAGCUGGGGAUCUCACCUCUUUUUCCUAAACUAUUAUCAAAGUGUAGUCUAAAGGAAUUGAUCGGCUGCUUGCGACUGAUGCCUAGUCCUCCUCAGACUCAUAUUGGUGUCUGUGAUUUUGCUCCUAACUUCAGGAGCAAAAUCAAUGACAUCUCGAACACCAUCAUAGGCCUUACGCUUCACGAUGUUUCCGGCAAACAUGGAUGGGCAUUAAGUAAGGGCAAGGGUCCACAAAAUAUGGCUCCGGAAGAGAUCUUUGAGCUGCCAGCUCAAAUUAGCACAAAAGCGUGUAUUAUCGAGGCCGAAAAAGCAAAAGAGGCGACCAGAGACGCCAUUAGCCUACGCAUUCUGUCACUCCUAGAUAAUUUCGAGGAUCUUCAUGCAGCGGCAAUGAUCGAUAAGACAUUCUACAAGGCCUAUAUAAAUAAUGAAGGGAGGUUACUCCGAAACAUAGUAAAGGCCGGGCUGAAAAAUGUCUCCUCAGCGGCCGAAACACAAAUUAGCCCACCGGACAGGACGAACCAAGAUACUGCAGAGCCUUUGGAAGCUACUUCUGUUGACCUUAUCGAUGACUCUGAAUCUGCUGUGUCUCCCAUCUCGGAGAGUGAAGCCUUUACUGCCCCUGAUGAGGAUCUGUAUGAUGUUUCGCCACCAUUAACACCAGCUGACAUCUCUGCAAUGCCUAUACCUACAUCCCAAGAAGAGGCUCGAGAGCUUCUCAUAAGGAAUGUUGAAGCUACCAGUCGAGCGUGGGCUAUGAGAGACUCGCCGCAGCAUCAAAGAAGGAACGAGGAUUUGAUUCAAAACGAAAAGUUCCUGGCGGGCGACUUUUCACAUGUAGAGGACAAAGCUCUAAUAGAGGAAGAGAGCAAACUGUUACGACUUGGGAGGGAUGUCGUUAUGAACGUCCUGAGACAGUAGUAUUUCUCGUAAUUUACUCCUAAGGACCUCCAGCGUGGUGUUAUUAGUCAGGUAAUGGAGUAACAAAUGGGGUAUAAUGACGACGAUGAUUAUAAAUAACGACCAUCGGGAAAGGAAAGAAGGCGUAAUAUACCCAUUUCAAAAAUGGUAUGAUGUCAAAUCAUGUUUCAUAGUUUUUAGAUAUAGUUGGAGAUCCUUCAAUGGUCAUCAAAAUAUACUCAAUGAGUUCAAGGGGAGGUCCUUGACUUACUCGAUCAAAUUCCCG